AUGAAGGUCUUCGUAGUUUUGGUUCUGGCCAUUGCAUCCGCCUCAGCUGGUCUCCUACCCCAGGCUGUGCCAGUGCACCCUCGAGACUCGACCGCAAAGCCAUCCAUCAAUGGUCGUAUUACCAAUGGAAAGAAUGCGGUGGCUGAUCAGUUCCCCUACCAGGUGGGACUUAGCUUUCUGGGUUUGAAGGGCAGCUGGUGGUGUGGUGGCUCCAUCAUCGACAACUCCUGGGUGCUAACGGCUGCCCACUGCACCAGCGGGGCUUCCUAUGUAACCAUCUACUACGGAGCGACUGUCCGUACUAGCCCCCAAUACACCCAAACCGUGUCCAGCUCCAACUGGAUCCAGCAUGAGAACUACGUGUCACUGACUGUUCGCAACGACAUCUCCCUGAUUAAGACCCCUUCCGUAACCUUCUCGGCUUCCGUUAACAAGAUCGCCCUGCCCGCCAUAGCCAGCAGAUACUCCACCUAUGUUGGACAGACCGCCGUUGCCUCCGGAUGGGGCCUCACCUCUGACACCGCCUCCGCUGUAGCCAAGGAUCUGCAGUACACUGAUCUGACUGUUAUUGAGAACUCUGUGUGCCAAAAGACCUUUGGAAGCUUGGUGGUCACCAGCAGGGUGAUUUGUGUUGCCACUCCCAAGGGAACAUCAACCUGCCAGGGUGAUUCUGGUGGCCCACUUGCUCUGGACAGUACCCUCAUUGGUAUCACCUCCUUUGGAUCGCCCGAUGGCUGUGAGGUUGGCGCGCCCGCUGCCUUCACUAGGGUGACCAGCUACUUGGACUGGAUCAAGACUAACUCUGGCAUCUCUGCUUAG